UGUGCCACAUCAGCAAGACGUUGGCAAUCACACUGAACCAACACACAACACUAGCAAUUAUUUGGGCAUUUAAAGCAGCCAAAUACAUACACGAUCGUCUGCUGCGUAAGGUGUUAUUCGCAAAAUUCAAUUUCUUCGACAUCACAUCAGUUGGUCGCAUAAGAAUUCGCUUCUCCUCGGACACAUACACAGUAGACGAUUCACUCCCCUUCAUAAUGAACAUCCUCUUGGCUCAGUUAUUAGGCUUAACCGGCGCCCUUUGCAUAAGUUUAUACGCCAUGCCUUGGCUUGGUUUGAUCAUCAUACCGAGACCCAUAUAUCUCAACCUGCAAUACCGAUACCGUUACGCUUCGCGCGACAUAAAGCGUCUUUCGAGCAAUGCACUAUCGCCACUGUACACUCAUUUCACCGAAACUCUACAAGGACUGGUCACAAUUCGCACAAUGCGUGCUAGUGCGCGCUUCCAGCGUGACUUCCAUGCCAAAUUGGAGGAGAGCAUAAAGGCGCAAUUGACCUCCGCGGCAGCGCAGCAGUGGCUAAGUCUACGUCUCCAGCUGCUUGGGGUUUUUUUAGUAGCUGGCGCUGGUUUUCUUGCCGCCAUCACCUCGGCGCACGUCACAAAUCCCGGUCUAGUAGGUUUGGCUAUUUCGUAUGCGCUCUCCAUAACCGGUCUAUUGGGUGGAUUACUAAAUGCUGUUGCUGAAACGGAGCAAGAAUUUGUUGCGGUCGAACGUGUGAAUGAGUAUCUGCAGCUGGAGGGUGAAGAGAAUGCUGAAGGCACAUGUGAUCCACCGUUCGGUUGGCCUAGUCAGGGUGCGUUGAAAUUCCAGAACGUAGAAUUGCGCUAUCGCGACAAUUUGGCGCCGGCGUUGCACGACAUCAAUUUGCGUACGGAAGCAUUUGAGCGUGUCGGCAUUGUGGGUCGCACCGGCGCCGGUAAAACAACGCUGGUGGCGGCGUUGAUGCGAGUGGCACCAUUGAGUCGUGGCGAGAUCAGCUUGGAUUGUGUAAAUUUGAAAACGCUGGCGUUGAAGGUUUUGCGCGAACGUUUGGGCAUUAUACCGCAAGAGCCAUUCCUCUUCGAAGGCACCGUACGUGAAAAUCUCGAUCCACGUUGCAGUCACUAUGAUUCCGAAAUUUGGCAUGCGCUUGCCAGCUGCCACGCAGCUACACAGCUAGUACAGUCACUGGGCGGUUUGGACGGACGCAUCGAGAAGGGCGGCAUAAAUCUUUCAGCUGGUCAGCGACAGCUGAUGUGCCUGGCGCGUGGUCUACUUAAAAAUGCCAAAGUUGUUUGCAUCGAUGAGGGUACAUCCAAUUUGGACGACGAAUCGGCGAUCGCUAUGCAGCAAGCGCUGCGGAACUCGUUUAAGAGUUCGACUGUGCUGUUUAUAGCGCACCGAUUGCGCGGAUUACAGCUUAUGGACCGCAUUAUAGUAAUCGAGCAUGGUGAGAUCAAGGAAGAGGGCACACCGCAGGAUUUAGCGCAAAAUACGCAAUCACUUUUCCACGGUAUGCUGCAAGCACAGCAAAUAAAUGUAGAGGAGUUUUGUGCGAAUUAGUGCGCAGGCGUCGUUAUUGAUAGUGAUACUUGUGACAAUUUUCAAACACAAAAUGUUGUUGAAUAUUUAAAGAAUUUAUGCGGUACAACCAUAUUUUUAUUUAUAAUUUUUACAAAGAUUGAUUAAAUUGAAAUGUAUUUAUAUAGUCAUUUUAGGUUGUGUAACUUGCGUAUGUAUGUUCCUGGAUAUCUCCGCUAGGGCAGGCAUCUUGCCGUUGGUGCGGGGCUUAGCUGAAUCAACAUCAGUUCUUCCCGAGACUGGGGUAACGCAGGCGCUCUCUUGCGUUAAAUAUUAGAGAUAUAUGUAUUUUGGAGGGAAAGGAAUAUAAAAGAUAGUUUUGGUUAAAAGAGAAAUUUCGGAUAAGCUCGAAAUUACCACAACUACCUAAUAAUGUAUGAAGUUCUAUGAUAGAUAUCAAAAAAAUAGCAUAGAUGAAUAAGUAUGUAUUAUUUAAAAGAAACUUACUAAGCAUUCACAAAUUAUUUUUAAUAUAUCGGAACUAUCCUAAGUAUUUAUAUGGAUGUACUGAAUUUCAUGUAUUCGAUUUGCGGAAAAAAUAUAUGGGGCAUUCCAGCCCAAUUCGGAUACU